GCAGAACGUUCAUCUUCCCUCGAAGAUGUCAGUCCAGCGAGCUAACCAGCUUGUGAAGCAGCUGCCCAGUAGACGAUCCUGGGACUGAGACGUGGAUCCCUUCACACUGAUGGCCUGGACUGAGUUUCAGCUGGCCUGCUGAAGCUAUGGGGAGCUGCUGGAGCUGUCUCUACAGAGAACCCAUCCGAGACAACCAUCUCACAAAAUUUAAGGUCAUCAACGUGGACGAUGAGGGCAACGAGCUGGGCUCUGGGAUCAUGGAGCUCACCCAGACCGAGCUCAUACUUCACACACGGAAGAGAGACGCCAUCCGGUGGCCGUAUCUCUGCCUGCGACGCUACGGCUACGACUCCAACCUGUUUUCUUUUGAGAGUGGACGCCGCUGUCAGACAGGGCAGGGAAUCUUUGCAUUCAAAUGCUCCCGGGCAGAGGAAAUCUUCAACCUGCUCCAGGAGCUGAUGCAAUGUAACAGCAUCAACGUGGUGGAGGAGUCCAUGAUGAUGAGUCGCAGUGGUCACACACCAGAAAUGGACAUGUCUCGCACGCCGCAGACUCCCAACACUCCAGCCUUUCCUGUCCAGUCUUAUCCCAACGGAUACCCCGGCUAUCCGAUCAGAGGUGAUUCCUCCCAGCCCUCUAUUUCUGACGAUCAUAGGCACAGCCUCAUGGCUUUGGAAGACCAGACUCACACCUAUGUAAACACUGUGAGUAUGGAGGGGGACCUUUCCAUGCGUCACUGUGUGCACUCUCUGCCCGAAGUACGGCCCAGCACUUUGCCUGAAACAACACGGGGAGCCAUGCCUGUCGGUGGCCAAGGAAAUCCACAGUCCAACCUGCGAUGCUGUCCGCUGGAGGAGCGCAAAGACCCUCAGGUGUUCCUCCAGCCGUCCUCACAGGAAGUGAAAUUCAUGCUGGGUCCCACUCCAGCUCAACGCCAUCUGCUGGAGAGGGAGAGGCACGGGCACAAUCCUCACAUGCUCCAGCCAGCAGAGGGCGCAACAGGCUCAGAGACGGAGGGAGACGAGCCCUCCAUGCACUUGUGCAACUCUCACUCCUAUCACCAUUUCCAUCACCACCUGCACCGGCACUCGAGCCACGAGCAGUCAGACAGCUGCCAGAGUGGUGAGCUCACCUACGAGAACAUCAACGGCCUGCGGAGCGGCCGAAAGCAGCGUCUGAGUCCCAGCAGCGUGUCGCAAUCUGUGGGUUCAAGCAGUAGCAGCAGCACUGGCGACAGUCACCCCCAUUCCCUCAUGCACUCGCUCUCCCACGGCCCUUCGUCUCUCCCCAUGCAGGGCUACGCCUGCGACCGGGGUAUGGGUGGUCACCGUCGGACAGCUCUUUUGAACUACGAGAACCUGCCGUCUCUGCCACCGGUGUGGGAAUACAGCGCGUUACAGCGAGAUGAUGAGCAGGAGGAGGACGAUGAAGACCAGGAUGAGGACGAAUACGAAGAAGAAGAGGACGACUUUGACGAGUACGAGUUCUCAGAAGGCCCAGGAACACCCAACGGGUACCACCAGGACAGUCGGGAUAUCCACAGAGACGCCCUUCAGAACUAUGUGAACACAGAGCAGGUCCAGCCUCCCCGGCUUCGACACGCCUGCCCCCCUCAUCCACGGCAGUGUCGUCCAGACAGCGGGGGACAAAUAUUUAGCUUUGAUUUUCGCAGACGAUCGCGUUCAGGGGCCGGAGGCUGCGAGCAUGGCCACAUGCCUCCGUCGCGGCAGCUGAAUUACAUCCAGGUGGAUCUGGAGGGGGAACCCCCCUGCCAGGCCCUCAGUAGCGGGGGCGCCCAGCCACAGCACCAGCGCCUACCACCCAAAAAAUGUGGCCCACCGGCACCCCGACACAGCGAAUGCUACGCAGUCAUCGACCUGAAGAAGACGGCUGCCAUGUCCAACCUGCAGAAAGCGCUGCCCAGGGAUGAUGGGACCUCCAGAAAGACUCGCCACAACAGCACAGACCUGCCUCUGUAAGGGAAUCUCAAACUGAA